AUGUCACACCGCGAAUCAUCCAUUUCCCCUCCCGAUCGCCAUCGCCAUCGCCGUCGGCACCGUGACUACGAUCGCGACAACCACUCACCUUCCAUAAGGGCGGACGCUCGAUCACGCUCGCCCAUCAGAGAGGAUAGUUACGAUGGCGGUCGGAGAUAUCGCCGCAGCAGGCAAGAGGGUACCAGGUCUCACCGACGGCAGCGGUCAUCUGAAGGCCCAGCAGCGGUCCUACCGCUAGGUGCGACACCUCUUUCGAAGCGCGAUUUAUCACGGUACAAAGCGAUGUUUGGAACCUAUUUGGAUAUCCAAAAAGGCAUCUUCAUGGAUGACCUUGACGAUCGUGAACUGAAAGGGAGAUGGAAGAGCUUUGUUGGGAAAUGGAACCGGGGUGAACUUGCAGAAGGAUGGUACGACCCGGCAACGCUUAGGAAAGCACUAGAAGGAGCAUAUAAUUGCGGUUCCCCUGGGGCUUCCGUUCACAACCCUCGUGGGAAAAGAGCUUCUCCUUCAUAUAAGAAUGGUGAGGAGCGUUCUGCUGCUUCCAGUGAAUAUCGCUCGCAUGGGUUCAACGAUAGAAGUCUCUCAGCUGAACAGGAAGGGCAAAAUAAGGAUCAGGGAGAAGAGGAGGAAGAGGAUGAGGAGGAAUCUUAUGGACCACAAAUCCUAAUUUCGCAGCGCCAACUCUCCGGCUUCAGGUCUGGACCGAAAAUUCCAACUCUAGCGGAUCUAACCCUCAAACGAGAAGAUGAACAAUUAGAUCACGAAGAAUCCCGCAGAGUCAAUAAAGCCAUACGCAAACAAGAACUCGACUCUCACAAAGGCGAGCUCCUCAGGAUGGAAGACGAGAUUGCACCGCGAGCAGAACCGGGGUCCCGAGAACGGCUUUUAGAAAGGAAGCGAGAGAAAUCAGCACUAAAUCGCCAGUUCGCCGAGGCCCGCCGCGGUGGCUCACCCAUUGAAGCGGUUGCAGAUGCAGAUCUCAUGGGAGGAGGAGAAGGCGAGGACGGAUUUAAGAAGCUGAAAGAAAAGCAGAUGCGAAAGAAGAAUGAACGGGAGCUUAGGAAGGAGGAGAUUCUGAGAGCCAGGGCUGAAGAAAGAGAAAUCAGACUUCGGUCAUAUCGACGCAAGGAGGAUGAGACUAUGGACUACCUCCGCGCUAUUGCUCAAGAAAGAUUUGGAUAG